AUGGUUGACAAAGCCAUGGAACUAUGGAAACAUGCACUGGACUUGGGACUUUCUCCAAACUCAACCACAUAUAGUAUUAUAAUUGAUGGUUUUUGCAAAAUGCCUAUACUUAGUGUUGCUAAGGGCAUUUUUAGUAAAAUGAAGACUUGUGGGCUUAGUCCGACGGUGUUUGAUUACAAUACAUUGAUGGCAUCCUUGUGCAAGGAGGGUAGCUUGGAGCAAGCUAGGAGGCUGUUUCAAGAAAUGAGAAAUUCAACUCAUGCACCAGAUGUUGCAUCAUUUACUAUAAUAAUCAAUGCAACUUUCAAAGCAGGAGAUUUUCAAUGUGCCAAGGAAUUGCUAAUGGACAUGCUUGAAUUAGGUUUAAUGCCUGAUCAUUUGACCUUUUCCGUAUUAAUAAAUAGAUUGUCAAAACUUGGUCUAUUGGAAGAUGCUAAAAGUGUUUUUGAGAGAAUGAUAGAUAGUGGUUUUACACCAGACACCUUUGUAUAUGAUUCUUUACUUAAGGGCUUUGCUUCAAAGGGAGAAACCAAAGCAAUCAUUGACCUGCUUCAUCAAAUGGCAGAUAAGGGUCUUGUUCUUGACUCAGAAAUAAUUUCUACCAUCUUGACAUGCCUUUGUGAUAUGUCAAAAGACGUUGAUGUUAUGGAGAUUCUGCCCAAUUUUUCCAAAGAGGCAUCAAAAGGAGCAAGCAUUUCAUGCGACGAGCUUUUAUCAAAACUGAACAAGUCUCACCCAGAACUUAAAUUUUGUGUUGCGUGA